UGGUUUCCCCUCACUUGUUCGAAAUUUCAAAAAUUUGCCGGUGAGAGAAUAUUUCUUUGUCUUCUCCGACGAUACUUCUUGAACUUCCGGUGAGGUUGAGUUUAGUGUUUCUACUCACGUUCUUUCGUUUCUUCGACAUUUCUGAUGGCUGAACCAUCAAGUCCACAUAAUGUGGAAGGUGACAACCCGGAGCCUUCAUCGCCGGUGGUGGCGGAGGAAGAAGAGGGGGGAGCCGCCGGUGGUGGUUUACCGGUGUUAAAGUGGACCAAGAAGACCUUUGAUCGUCUGAUUCUUGAUGUCCAAAUGCCCCCUGAAUAUGGGGCCGUUUACCCAUCGGAGGGUGACACCGGUGCCGAUGCUCCGGCCGGUUAUGUGACCAUGUGGGCAGACUUUUUUGGUGACUGUAAUCUCCGGUUACCUUUGACUGUUUUUGUUGUUGAGGUUUUGGAGUGGUACAAGGUCCACAUUUCUCAACUGAGUCCGUUUGGUAUGAUCCGGAUUCGAAAUUUUGAAUCAACCUUUCGUGCUCUUAGCAUAGAGCCUACCGUUGGAGAUUUCCGACAGUUUUAUCAAAUGACGGUGUCCUUGGGGUUCUUUUCUUUCUGUCAACGAGAUGGUAGUCCCAAACUGAUGACUCCUCCCAAGGGGAUGACGAAGUGGAAAAUGAAGUUCUUUUACAUCAAGGCUGCUGCGAUUGUUGCAAAUAUGACGUUUCAGAAUGUGAUCGAUAUGAUCAUAUCAGAGACCAUUGCAGUCCCUAGCAUGAAGUCGGUGGAGUGGUUUCCGCAGUUGCAGACCAUUGAGUCGGUGAAGCAGAGCAACACACAGUUGUGGGUGUUGCGCAUGAUGCUGACAAGGAGGAACAAGAAAUCAAAGCCCGUGGUGCGGGAGAAAAGUGGUGAGGAUGCUCCCUUAUGGAGGAUGUUUGCCCCGGAUUUCCAGGGUCAGGUUGAAACAGUUGUUUGUGCGGAUGGCGAGGAGGAGUUUAAUGUUAUCAUUCGAGAUAACUUCCGGGUGCCUACUGAGGCCGCAUUGGCAGUUGAGUUGCCGCGAGGCAAAGGUGAUCUUGGGGCCUUAGGGGACCCUGACGCGAAGGGUGUGCUUAAGAGGCAAACGGUGAAAGGCGUGCGCUUUCGCCAGAAGAAAAUACCGGAGGGUUUGGGUACAGCGACGGGCUCGCAGUCUGGUGCUGGGAAGAGGCAAGUAGAAGAGACGGCCGCUGGUGCCGGUAGGCCGAAACGUCGGAGGUUGCAGUCUAAGAGGACUGGUCCGACACCAAAGAAACCUGCGGGUACUGUUGAGCUUCAAGAUAAAGAUUUUUCUAUCUUUGAUGCUCCGGCGUCACCCUCGCCUGCCACGGGUGCGGGUGUAACUGAGGAACCUUCGACACCUUCUGUCGAGGUGGUGCCUGAGUCAACCGUGCGAACGGAGGGUACCGCGGAGAAGGUUGCGACCCGGAUUUUCGAUACCGUUGAUUCCUCCAACAAUCUAAUCUUUCCCAAUGAAGGUGAUAAUUUGGAUCUACGGUUUUCGGAUUCUGUGAGACAAAAGUCUGAUGCGGAGGCGCAGAAGACUGAUGAUGAGCCGCAGAAGUCUUCUCCUGGUGUGAAGGUUACCGGUUCGGGUACCGGUGGUGCGGGUUAUGAUGGGCCUCCAAAUCAGCCCGGGGAGUCUGAAUUGGAGUAUUAUUACCGCACGUUGCUUGAUGUUGUUUAUGAUCCAUCGGCUAUUACGGAUUGUAGUUGGAUGAUCGUUUAUGAUGUUGUUCUUGAUAAUUGGAUCACAUGUAUGCUUGAUAAUGCUCAUACGAUUGGAUUGCAUGAUUUAGAGUAG